GCCCUGUGUAAGCGUGAGCCCCCUAAAUAAGCCCCUCGUGAUAUGGAGAUCUGUAAGCCAGCGAGUCGGCUGCAGGUUUGUGGAUUUCCCUGCAUGGUUUGAACCGGCAAUGCUGAUUUGGCCCGGGACCGAGCGGCCUCGAAUGAAUAUUAUCGCCUCCAAUUAGUGACAGCCUAAUUAUUCAGAGAUACCUAGGUUGGGCAUUUUUGUUUUGAGAGCACCUCCGACUCACCAAAUCCAGGCAGGCAUCAUGGCGAACCCCAUUGACCACUACAUUUCUGGCCCCAACUUUGAGUGCCAGCUAUCACCUGUCGACCAGGUCACACCACCUAUCUACUCGAGAAGAAUACUGAUCUUUUCAAAUCCACAACAAGAUCAAGACCAAGGCGUGAAAGCUCUCAAGCAUGGCUUGCAAGGCGCAGUCAAUGAAUACCCCGUGCUUGCUGGUCGAUUAGGCUUGACAGCAUCUGGGUGGUCAGUAACGAAAGGCCACGCUCGAUUGCGAGUGCGUGAAUUGGAUCUGGACUUUGCUCAACUGGAGGAGAGCAAUUUUGCUGAAUCGAAUUUCCCUGCGGAUCUUGUGUCUGAUCUGCCCACCUUUGCGACACCUCGAGAAGAAUGGCAUGUCUGCAGGCUGCAAGCCAACUUUGUGACGCAUGGCCUUCUACUCGUCGUCUCUGUUCACCACACUAUCAUGGACGGCUAUGGGAUCGCAAAGGUCAUUCAGUCACUAGCGCGCUAUUCACGCUUGGAUGGAUUGCCCAACAUUGAAACUACCCCCGUACGAUGGGAUCGAGCAUUUAUGCCAGUCACCGAACAAAAUGGAGACAUUAAGAGCUUGAGAGCAUACAGCUUUGUCAGUGAACGUCCCAAUAUUGGGCCAACAUCUCAGCCAGUUGUUACCACCACAUUCAAAAUUUCCAAGGAACGUCUUGAAAAGUUAAAGACAGACGCUUCUCCCUGCGAAGGGUGGAUCACAACCCACGAUGCCGUGAAUGCGCUUUGCUGGAGAACUCAAGCCAAAGCGAGACACAGGGCUGGGUUGAUUUCAGCCACCGACUUGGCUCGAUUCGCUUUCCCAGUAGAAUUCAGGAAGCUAGUUGAACCACCUCUUUCACCCGAGUUCACUGGGAACGCGGUGCUCAUGACCAAAACUGGGAUCAAGGUGAAGGAUCUACUCGGAAACUCCGGCCUGGCGUACGCCGCACAGUCCAUACGGGAAGGCGUCAAGGAUGUGGACCAAGAAUACGUCAAGAACUUCAUAUCCGUGGCUAAUUCGCAGGUGAAGCCCGGGCAGAUGGUGAUUAAUCUCAAACUUGAAGAUCGGCACACAGCGUUUGGAUCUACUUCGUACAAGAGCUUCUACCACGGGGAUUGGGAUCCGUUGAUUGGCAAGUAUAGGACAAUGAGAUUGGCUUCUGGUGUCACUGGUGAAGGCAUGUCGAUCAUACUCCCUGCAUUGGAGGAUGGCAGCUGGGAAGUGACAGUAACACUGGAAGAAGAUCAACUGGGUUAUUUCAUGGAAGACGAGGAGUGGCGCUUGUACACGGCUUAAAGAUG